GCGGCCUCUCCUUCGGCAAUGGCCCCCUGGUCGGUUGGCGACGCCCUGGCCCCGGAGCCGGGGACUGGCAGCUGAGAAGCCACCUCCUGCCGCUCUCGGUCACCACCACGUCGGAGGCUUCUGGGCCCUUCGUGGGGCUUCCGAUGGUGUCGUUCAUGCGACUACUGACUCAGCUUAUCAAAUGAUGAUGUUUGGAAAAAUUUCGAGGCAGCUCUGCAGCUUAAAGAAAAGCCCACGGUCAUGUGACUCCAGAUACUUCUGGGAAUGGUUAAAUACAGUGUUUAACAAAGUAGACUAUGAACGCAUCAGGGAUGUUGGCCCUGACAGGGCAGCAUCUGAGUGGCUACUUCGGUGUGGGGCCAAAGUACGCUACCGUGGCCACCAGAAGUGGCUACAGGAUUACAACCACAUCCCAGGAAGCUCUGAGGGCAGAUACAAGAUUCAAGCAAUUGAUGCCACCGAUUCUUGUAUCAUGGAUGUUGGACUGGAUCACAUGGAGGGCCUAGAGCAUGUUGAAAAAAUCAUACUAUGCAAGUGUCAUUAUGUUGAAGAUAGCUGUUUGCAGAGGCUUAGUCAACUUGAAAAAUUACGGAAAAGUCUGUUGGAAAUGGAGAUCAUCGCCUGUGGGAAUGUCACAGACAACGGCAUCAUUGCUUUGCGACAUUUUAGGAACCUCAGGUAUUUGUACUUAAGUGAUCUUCCUGGAGUCAAAGAUAAAGAAAAUCUUGUCCAAGUCUUUCAAACAGCACUACCUUCUCUAGAACUAAAAUUAAACCUGAAGUAAAAUACGUGUCUGAUUUCAGUACAAAGGGUCACUUGAAAUUGCUCAUACUAAAUAGCUACACAUACUACAUAAUCACCAAUAGAACUAAGGAGGUGUUUUAAUAAUGGAGAAGUAGGGAAUAAUAUUUAAAAGUGACUCACUAAAGUUACUUAGUUGGAAGUGAGAAAUUAUGUACAUUGAAUCACUUUUAAAAAUAUGACAUAACAUUUUAAUUCUAAUGUCUUCCUCAUUGGCAUGUAUACUGUAUGUAUUGCUUGGUGUAGAUAUUGACAUAGAGAUCUCUAAACUGCAUCGCAAAUAUUCUUUUUUGUAUUACAAUAAUUUAUAUCUUUAAAGGCCCUGAGGCAUGUUGCUGUAAAUACCCGAUUAUGGCCGGGCGGUGGUGGCGCACGCCUUUAAUCCCAGCACUCGGGAGGCAGAGGCAGGCGGAUCUCUGUGAGUUCGAGGCCAGCCUGGUCUACCGAGUGAGUUCCAGGAAAGGCGCAAAGCUACACAGAGAAACCCCCGUCUCGAAAAACCAAAAAAAAAAAAAAAAAACCCGAUUAUGAAGAACUGAAAGCUCAGUUACAGAUUCAGUGAUGGAGUUGGCUGUGCACAAUUGUGGGUGGUGUUGAGAACAGCACGCUGUAUUACUUCCCGGGAUUUGCACACGUUGCUCAAGCUCCUGCAUUUCUGUGUUCCUAAUAGGACAUACUCUUUAAAAAUACCCUUUCUCGGAAUGAAGAGUGCUGGUUAAUUCAUCCUACUUCUAAGCUUGGGCGACUGCUGGAUAGAACUGAACACAGGUUCUCGUCUAUACCCAACUAGUUUUGCUGGUAAAACAAAGCAGGAACCAGGCUGUCCUUACUCCCUAUCUACUUCAAACAGAAUGUUAGUGUGCUGAUUAAAAGCUAAAUGUUGCUGUCCCUCAAAUAUUUUGAAUGCUACCUCCUAUGAACUCAAGGGACAUAAAAAUAUAAACAUGAAAAUGAAUUUUAUAUCUAGAAAACACUAAUAAAGAAUGUCAUAAGGGGA